AUGGUAGCAAAGUCGGACCACAAGACCAGUGUCCUCUUUUGCUGUCUGGGCAACAUUUGCCGCUCACCCAUGGCAGAGGCAGUCUUCCAUCAUAUUGUCACAGAAUCAGGUCUCGGCGCUCACUUCGACAAGAUCGACUCGUGCGGUACGGGAGCAUAUCAUGUCGGGGAGGAGCCAGAUGAAAGAACUGUAGCAGUGCUUUCCAAGAAGAAGAUCGCAUGCAAUUCUCUGGCUAGAGCCGUGAGCAAGGACGACUUUCACAGGUUCGACUAUAUCUUUGGCAUGGAUACUAAUAACGUGCGAAACCUCAAGAGUAUGCAGCCGAAGGGAAGUAAAGCUCAGGUGUACAUCUUCGGCGAAUUCGAAGAUAAGAAAGCCAUAAAUGACCCGUACUAUGGUAUUGGCGGCAGCGGCUUCGAGUCGACGUAUGAGCAAUGCGUCAGGUGA